UUUAUCGCGUUAUUCAACGUCUCAAAUUCAUCAGAUCGUCGUCCUCUGGGGACUAGGAGAGUCAUAACAGAUUGGAGUUAUUAUAUUUGCUGUGGGAUUAUCAGUCACUAGGUGAAUUUGAGUCGUAUCGGGAGUAUAAAGGACUGCGCAACGAAUUAUUCUGUUUUGUGAGGCUUGAAUAGACGUACCGCAACGAUUCUAAGAGUUUAUGGGGAAUUAUUCGAGUUGUUGAUUGGAAUUAAUGAAUUAUUCGUUCUAAGAUGCGUUUCGCUAUUGUGUUCGCUGUAAUUGUUUGUGUACUACUGAUGACUGAAAUUGGUUCAGCAAAAAAGGAAUACAAAAAAAAGAAGCGGGACGUAGAGAGUUAUGAAUUCAGCAGUGAGGAAAAGGCCUCUAAAAAAUCAAAAGUUAAGCUGAAUGAGAGAAGGCGAGAUAAAGAUAAUAAACAGAAAUCGGUGGAGAACAGCCCGGAAGAUGAUGAGGAUAACGAGGAAGCAGAUUUGAAGAAUGAUGAGGAUAAAUCUGUUGGAGAGCGUAGGGUCGAGAAAACCGAAACGUCUAGGAAGAAGCAAAAAAAAUCGAGGAAGAAUGAGUCGUCAACUGAGAAUGAUCGCGACGCGUCUGACGAUGACGACGAAGAGCCUCCACCACGUGAGAAGGAGCCCUCUUCGUUGAAGCCAUCGAAGAAGAACAAAAUUAAGAAAUCCCAGUCCUCUGACGAUGAGGAUUCACUGGAGAGCGAGGAGAGCAAGCCCAGGAAGCAUAAAAAGCAAAAAUCCUCGAAGAAGAAUAAAAAUAAGCGAAAAAAUAUUGAAGAGGAUGUGAACGAGGACGAAACUUCGUCGCGAGAAAGUGAGAAGAAAAACAAGAAGAAAAAUAAGUACAAGAAAUCUGGAUCGAAGAAGAAUUCGAAACGGGGGAAGGAUGAGGAGACGUCGGAUGAAAGAAAUCCUGAGGACGAAAGAACGGAGGAAGUGAAUGGUGAAGUUGAUGAAGGGGAGGGAGAUGAAGUUAAGCAAGAUAGCUGUGAAGUGAAAAUUAAUGAUGAUCAGGAUCCAUUGGGAAAGAAUUGCAGACGUUGAUUUUUCUAUUCUAAUUCUAAGGUUUCGUUAAUUUUUUGCCAGUUGUCAUGAAUAAAAAAUGAAAAAAAUGCUAUUAAAGCUUGAA